UUCACCUAGACAGCAUCUUCCAAACCGCUGAUGAUUACCUUCAAGAAAGACAAGGGAAGCAGCAGAUACAUGGGAACACCAUCAUCUUUUGGACUAGUGUGUGCUGAGGCUUGGAAAGUGGACCUGUCCCAGUCUUGUCUAAACUUGGGAUUUAUGCUUGGAACAAUAUUCCUCGGUUUUGGAGCAGACAUAUAUGGCAGAAAAAAAUGCUUCUUGUUUUCCAUAUUUACAACCUCAGUUGCUGGACUCGCUGUGGCAUUUGCACCAAGUUACCUUUGGUUCAACAUCUUCCGCACUCUGCAGGGAUUGUUCAGCAAGGGUGGUUGGCUGAGUGCCUAUGUCUUAAUUACAGAAAUUGUUGGGAUGGAAUACAGAAGAACAGUGGGCAUUUUGAACCAGAUGUGCUUCAGUUUUGGGAUGAUAAUACUUGCUGCUGUUGCUGUUUUCAUACCAGCCUGGAGAAAUCUGCAACUGGCGGCGACCUUACCACACUUUGUCUUCCUCACCUACUAUUGGCUGAUGCCAGAAUCUCCAAGAUGGUUGCUGUCUCGAAAGAAAUAUGACGAGGCCCAAAGAAUUCUACAGAAUGUGGCAAAAAGGAAUAAAAAGCACAAUUUCUCGACAGAUAUUAAGACAGUUCAAAUCGAAGAUUGUACUGAAGCAUUGAAGAGACCCUCAGUUAUAGACUUGGUAAAAACACUGCAGAUAAGGAAGCAUACUCUUAUUCUGAUGUUCAACUGGUUUGCAAGUGCUGUGGUGUAUCUCGGGCUUGUCAUGCGUUUGGGGAUUAUGGGAGGAAACAUUUACAUCAAUUUCUUCAUCUCAGGAGCUGUGGAGCUACCAGCUGCAAUCAUCAUUAUCCUUCUCAUUGACCGAGUAGGACGUCGCUAUCCCUUUGCAGGAGGCAAUUUCCUGGCAGGAGCAUCUUGCCUGAUAACCGCCUUCAUACCUGAUGAUCAAUACUGGCUGAAAGCAGUAAUCUCAUCUUUCGGCAAACUAGGGAUUACGGUGGCCUUUUUAAUGGUCUGCUUUGUAAAUACCGAAUUAUAUCCAACAUUUUUAAGGAACUUUGCAGUUUCAGUGUGCUCAGUACUGUGUGACUUUGGGGGAAUUGUAGCACCAUUCCUUCUGUAUAGGUUGGCAGUGAUCUGGGUAGAAAUGCCCCUUGUGGUUUUUGGAGUGAUUGCUUUGAUUGCUGGUGCACUAGUUUUGUUUCUACCUGAAACCAUGGGGGUUACCUUACCAGAGACCAUUGAAGAAGCAGAAACCAUUGGACGAGAGAAGAACACAACCCCAAAGACAACCUGUGAGCUGGUUACUUUACAUCCUUCGACAGAAACAAGUUACGACAAGUAACCUGCUUCAGAGAAGAUUGUAACUUCCUGAAUUAGAUUAAAAUGUUCAAAAGUA